AAGCCGAGUUAUCGUGAGUUAUCGUGGCGUAGAGACGGAAGGACUUGUUUUCAGUUGGAAUUCUUAGAGUUUAUGGUGUUGCUGAGUGCGGAAAGUCACGAUGAUGGACAGAUAGCUGUGAAUUUGCCAAGUUAAUUCCUUUGGGCAGAGGUACUGUUUAGGAUCUUGAGGCUGGAAAAAGUGGUUGCCACGACGACAUUACCAAAGUUUUUUUUUUCGUGUUUUUAUUUGUCUUGCUUUUAGUUUAGUAUUUAUUUUGUAACUGAUGCUAUUGCUGCGAAUAAUUAGUCAAAUCAUGCAAAGACGACAUAGUAACCUACGUUUCGGACUAGUAUUAGUCGGUAUUAUAUUGUUGGUCUUUUAUCUUCAUAAUGGCGGCUGGCCCUGUGGGAACGGCUACAAAGUACCAGAGUACACCGGUCGUAUGGUACCCAAGGACGAUAAGAUCACUAUAGAAAAAAACAACCAGGUAUAUACUUAUGACCGAAACAUGCCACUAGUGUUCAUUGGUGGCGUGCCGCGUAGUGGCACAACACUGAUGCGUGCAAUGCUGGACGCACAUGAUGAUGUGAGAUGCGGUGAAGAGACUCGACUAGUCCCGAGAUUACUAGGCAUGCGACAAUCAUGGAAACGUUCGCCUAAAGAAUGGAAUCGGCUUGUAGAGGCCGGACUCACUGAUAGCGUAAUAAACGAUGCCUUAUCAGCAUUUAUCUUGGAAGUAAUUGCCAAGCACGGAGAACCGGCCCCACGGCUCUGCAACAAGGACCCAUUCACUCUCAAGUCAAUGACUUACUUACGAGACCUAUUCCCGAGUGCAAAGUACAUUCUUAUGGUUCGUGAUGGGCGGGCCACGACACACUCCAUCAUUUCUCGGAAAGUGACGAUAUCUGGAUUUGACAUCACUAGUUAUAAGGACUGUCUUCAAAAAUGGAAUAUGGCGAUAGAGAAUAUGUAUAGUCAGUGUAUGCAGGUGGGAUCUAAGUACUGUCUCCCUGUGUUUUAUGAACAACUAGUUUUACACCCAGAGCCACAGCUCCGGAAUAUCUUGAAAUUCCUGGACCUUCCUUGGGAUGAGAACGUGAUGCAUCAUGAGCAAGCUGUAGGAAAGCCUGGUGGAAUAUCCCUGUCAAAGUAA